CGCCCACUCCUCCGUGACCACGCCCCUUUGUCCCCGCCCAUUCACUGAGGCCACGCCUCCGGGGGAAUCCCUUCCGUGACGUCAUCACGCUGUGCGCCACGUCCGGCGGCGCACCCGGAAGUGGCGGGGCCGGUUGCCAUGGGGCGGCCCGGGAGGCGCACAGCAGCGAUGGCUCCGAGCAGCGCCGCUGUCCCCGCUGUCCCCGCGGUCACCGGCUGAGGCUCCAGCAGCUCCCGCUGCUGCCCCGGCCCCACGAUGGGCAGGAUCAGCAUCUCCUGCCUGCUGCCGGCCUCGUGGCACUUCAGCCUGUCCCCCGCGGGCUGUCCCCGCAUCCUGAACGCGUCCCUGCGGCAGCUGCUGCUGCUGGGGGCCGCGGCCGCGGCGGGGGCGCUGCUGCUCUGCUCGCUGCUGCUGCUGCGGGGCCGCUACGGCAGGACAGCCCGGGAGGGCCGGAGCCACAGGUACCUGGCCAGGGUGACGGACACGGAGGCCACGGACACCGGGAACCCCAACCUGAACUACGGCAUCGUGGUGGACUGCGGCAGCAGCGGCUCCAGGGUGUUCGUGUACUGCUGGCCCCGGCACAACGGCAACCCCAAGGACCUGCUGGACAUCCAGCAGAUGAGGGACAGCUCCAGGAAACCCGUGGUGAUGAAAAUCAAACCAGGGAUUUCGGAGUUUGCCAGCUCUCCUGACAAGGUCAGUGAUUACAUCCUGCCCCUGCUGAGCUUCGCCGCCGAGCACGUCCCGCGCUCCAAGCACAAGGAGACCCCUCUGUACAUCCUGUGCACUGCUGGCAUGAGGAUCCUGCCCGAGAGCCAGCAGAAAGCCAUCCUGGAGGAUCUGCUCACAGACAUCCCCGUGCACUUUGAUUUCCUCUUCUCUGACUCCCACGCUGAGGUGAUUUCUGGGAAGCAGGAAGGAGUCUAUGCAUGGAUUGGGAUCAACUUUGUCCUUGGAAGAUUCGAGCACACGGAUGAUGAGGACGAGGCGGUGGUGGAGGUGCAGGUCCCAGGGAACGAGCGCCACGAUCGCGUUUUCCGCAAGAGAACCGUGGGGAUCCUGGACAUGGGCGGGGUCUCCACGCAGAUCGCCUACGAAGUGCCCCAAAGUGUAAGCCUUGCCUCCCCCCAGCAGGAGGAGGUGGCCAAGAAUUUGCUGGCAGAGUUUAACCUGGGCUGUGACGCCCACCAGACGGAGCACGUGUACCGCGUGUACGUGGCCACCUUCCUGGGCUUCGGCGGGAACGCGGCGCGCCGGCGCUACGAGCAGAGCCUGCUGGCCAGCAGCCUCCUCAGGAGCAGGCUGCUGGGGGGCCGGCAGGGCGGGCUCAGCCCCCAGUCCCCCUUGCCAGACCCGUGCCUGCCGCGGGACGCGCCGGACGAGCUGCGGCACGCGGGGCUGACGCUGCACCUGCGCGGCACCGGCGACUUCCAGCAGUGCCGGGAGCUGCUGCAGCCGCUGCUCAACAGAACCAACGAGACCCAGAGCUCCCUGAACGGCGUCUUCCAGCCCCCCGUGCAGUUCCACAGCAGCGAGUUCUACGGCUUCUCCGAGUUCUACUACUGCACCGAGGACGUGCUGAGGAUGGGCGGCGACUACAGCGCCGCCAGGUUCACCAGAGCUGCACAGGAUUACUGUGCCACGCGCUGGUCGGUGCUGCGGGAGCGCUUCGAGCGCGGUCUCUACGCGCCGCACGCGGAUCUGCACCGCCUCAAGUUCCAGUGCUUUAAGUCCGCCUGGAUGUUCGAGGUUUUCCACCGCGGCUUCUCCUUCCCCGAGAGCUACGGGAGCCUCAAGACGGCGCUGCAGGUCUACGACAAGGAGGUGCAGUGGACGCUGGGGGCCAUCCUCUACAGGACCCGCUUCCUGCCCCUCAGGGACAUCCAGCAGGAGAAUUUCCGUGGGAUUCACUCGCACUGGAGGAGCUUCUCCUUCGUGUACAACCAUUACCUGUUCCUGGCCUGCUUCCUGGUGGUGCUGCUCUCCAUCCUGCUCUACCUGCUCCGCCUGCGCCGCAUCCACCGCCGCCUCCUCCCCGGCGCCUCCUCCCCUUCCCUCUGGAUCCAGGAGGGGCUUCCCCCACAGAAAAUCCCGGGAUAAACGCUCCAGGAUGGAUGGAGGAUUCAUCCAUACACACACACGCAGAGGGAAGAGAAAAAAAGCCAUUUUUGCCUCAGGGUUCCUCCUCUUUUUUGCCCCUUUGGAGAAGCGGAGUUGGGAAUUCCGGGCAGGCUUGGGAAUUCCAGGGAGAUGGGGGUGGUGAGGGAAAAAUGCCAAAAAAAAAAGACUUUGCUGGGAAUGUUGCACUUGGGGGUGUUGUGUUCCCACCUUUGGGAGAGGCUGAAAUCCCGGGAUGAGCUUGGAUUUUCCUUCCAGAUUCCAGCAUUGACAUCCCUGCUCUCAGUUGGGAGUCUCAAAGAACGGGAAGCUUCAAAACAACAACAAAAAAACUUUUAGGACAUUUGAUGUGAUUUUUUUCCCCUUCUGGAAUCACUCCUGGGAUGGAGAAGGAAAAAUCCCUCACACCCAGUCCUGUGCUUCCAUAAAAAACUGCAUCCAUCACUUCUGCUCCCUCCUUUUUCCUUGGAAGCUUCGCCCUCCCAGUGGCACCGGUCGCUGCUUUCAGUCCCUGAUUUCUGUUCCAUAAACGCGGAGAGACCUCCCAGAAACUCCAGGAAUGUGAAGAGAGCUGGAAAAGCAGAGGAGAACGAGCACACAGGGUCUCUCCCAGCCCUCUGGUAAUUUAUAUUUUAUUUAAAAGCCGUCGAUUUUACUUGAAAGUCGUUUUGUCCGUGAUUAAAAGUGGGAUUUCUAUGAA